AAGCCCAGGGCUUUUGCUUCAGAAGUGGCUGGGGCUCCUGGGCGCGAGGCAUUAUUAUAUAAAUUCAAGCUCGCUCCUGAUCCUUAGUACCCUGAGUUGCCUGAAGGGGGGAAUGGCACUGCCUGCGUUUGCAGCCCGGGCGCUCAGGCCGCCUCUGCAACCAGAGCUAGGAGCGCCUGCCCGCACCACCUGUCCCCGCCGGCAUUCCAGAGUAGAGGCCGAAUUGGCAGCAAGCCUGCCCGGGUCGGUCGCCGCCUCAGUCCGCGCCGGCCCUCCUAGGGGUGUGUCUCUGGGAUUCAACUCCCCGCCGCUACAGGACGAGCCCCCAAAGGCAUUUUCUUCCUUGGCGGGAGCCUUGUGCGCCCCGCUCUUCGCGCUGCUGCCUCGAGGCCGCCGCAGGCGGAUGCACGACCUUAGGCGACGCUGGGACCUGGGCUCCCUCUGCCGGGCCCUGCUCACUCGGGGCCUGGCAGCGGUGGGCCACUCGCUCAAGCACGUGCUCAGUGCAAUCUUCUCCAAGAUUUUCGGUCCCUUGGCCAGCGUCGGGAACAUGGAUGAGAAAUCCAACAAGCUGCUGCUGGCUUUGGUGAUGCUCUUCCUAUUUGCCGUGAUCGUUCUCCAAUACGUGUGCCCCGGCACAGAAUGCCAGCUCCUCCGCCUGCAGGCGUUCAGCUCUCCGGUGCCGGAUCCGUACCGCUCGGAGGAUGAGAGCUCCUCCAGGUUUGUACCCCGCUACAAUUUCAGCCGCAGCGAUCUCCUGCGCAAGGUAGACUUCGACAUCAAGGGCGAUGACCUGAUCGUGUUCCUGCACAUCCAGAAGACUGGGGGCACCACUUUUGGCCGUCACCUGGUGCGCAACAUCCAGCUGGAGCAGCCAUGUGAGUGCCGCGUGGGGCAGAAGAAAUGCACUUGUCACCGGCCGGGUAAGAGGGAGACCUGGCUCUUCUCCAGGUUCUCCACCGGCUGGAGCUGCGGGCUGCAUGCUGACUGGACCGAGCUCACCAGCUGCGUGCCCUCGGUGGUGGACGGCAAGCGCGAUGCCAGGCUGAGACCUUCCAGGUGGAGGAUUUUUCAGAUUCUAGAUGCAACUAGUAAGGAUAGAUGGGGUUCUUCAAACUUCAACUCGGGUGCCAACUCUCCAUCAUCUACAAAGACCCGGAGCGCAUCUAAGAGUGGGAAGAACUUCCACUAUAUCACCAUCCUCCGAGACCCGGUGUCCCGGUACUUGAGCGAAUGGAGGCAUGUCCAGAGAGGGGCGACGUGGAAAGCAUCUCUGCACGUCUGUGAUGGAAGGCCCCCAACCUCUGAAGAACUGCCCAGCUGCUACACGGGUGACGACUGGUCUGGCUGCCCUCUCAAAGAGUUCAUGGACUGCCCCUAUAAUCUGGCCAACAACCGCCAAGUGCGCAUGCUGUCCGACCUGACUCUAGUGGGCUGCUAUAACCUCUCUGUCAUGCCAGAAAAGCAAAGAAACAAGGUCCUUCUGGAAAGUGCCAAGUCCAACCUGAAGCACAUGGCAUUCUUUGGCCUCACCGAGUUUCAGCGCAAGACCCAGUACCUGUUUGAGAAAACCUUCAACAUGAACUUUAUUUCGCCGUUUACCCAAUACAACACUACUAGGGCCUCUAGUGUAGAGAUCAAUGAGGAAAUCCAAAAGCGUAUUGAGGGACUGAAUUUUCUGGAUAUGGAGUUGUACAGCUAUGCUAAAGACCUCUUUCUGCAAAGGUAUCAGUUCAUGAGGCAGAAAGAGCAUCAGGAUGCCAGGCGGAAGCGUCAGGAGCAACGCAAGUUUCUGAAGGGAAGGUUCCUUCAGACCCAUUUCCUGAGUCAGAGUCAGGGCCAGAACCAGAGUCCAGGGCAGAAUCUGAGUCAGAGUCCAAAUCCCAACCCAAAUCAGAACCUGACUCAGAAUGUGAGUCAGAACCUGACUCAGAGUGCCAAACCCAAUUUGAUCCAGAAGGCGAACCGGGGAAAGCAGAAGCAGGGCUCAGGCCAGGAGCAGAGUGAUAGCACCAGCAAUGGCACCAAGGACUACAUAGGCAGCGUAGAGACAUGGCGCUAACGGCUCUGAAAGGUUUGUGCACACUGCUUCCCAAAGCACCACCAAAAAGAUGGCAUGUAUCUUACAAGAUGAAAAUGUCCAAACACAUCCUGCUUCCUUCAUUUUGGAAGUUCAAAAAAAAAAAGUGUAGAUGUUGCAUUUACAGUUGCCUUUUGAUUCAGUGUUACACUGUGUGUGGCUAAAACAAAUCUCAGUGUGUAAUUAAAUUGUCUUUUUGGGAUGAACUAUUUCUGCAAUCCAAGAGCCAAACCAGACUCACCAGAAAUUGCAGUUUAGAUAUUUUAGGAAGUUCUUAAAUUAGCUAUGGAGACGCAAAGACAACACGAAAUGUGGCUAUUUAAACUUAGGGCUAAGAGAUUUUAAAUGAUUCUGGAGACUCUGUUAAAACCCAAUCUUGUGAGCACCCCCCACUCCGCCUGCCAGAGGGAAGCAUGACUAAAACAUGAGCAGACUAAAAGACACUCAAACCUUUCAUUCCCUUCUUGUUUUAACAAGGAGUCUAUUUAAACACAAAAACAACGGAUGAUAAAUUUUGCCAAACUGUAGAAAGGAAACAAUUUCUCACUUAAAUGUAGGUGGGUUUAUGUAAAAAUAUGGCUUUUCAAAUAGAUUGGGAUUCAUGUCUUGUAAUUUAACAGAUGUUUAAAAUUUAAAAUUUUUCUACCUUCUGCUGAUUAAAAGGUUUUAAACAGGGUAUAUCUCAUAUUAACAAAGCAUUUUUUUCCAAAUGGAAUAGCAAUGGAAAGAUCCAGUUUCCAGAUGGUUUCAGGGCACUGUAAUUUCAGCAAUUUCAAUCUUUUUGGCGCUGCUUCUCAUCCACUUUAAGGCUUCUCCGAGUUGUGCUCAUUCCAAAUGAAUCCAUGUAUAGAAUUUUUCUUCAUCAUCGAAAUGGUGUGUUGCUGAAUCUCUUGUGGUAUUUAAUCCUGGAUUAAAGUCAGGACUUUCUAUAGAAUUGUCUUAUCAAUGUCUGUGUAGUAAGGUCCUUAACAAGAAACUCUCAAACAGGAUAAUGUGUCUCUAAAUAUUGCUGAACUUAUUAUUCUUGACCAGACUGAAUUGAACCUGAAUGUGAACUGUUUAUUAUGUCAUUUAUUGUGAUAUUUGCAGUUUGGCUGGCCAUUUCUGGCCCAUGAUUCUUUUCGUGUGUGUGUGUGUGUGUGUGUGUGUGUGUAUGUGUGUGUGAAAAGAUGUGUACACAAUAACAAGAACAAAGUUUUUGCUCAAAGACAAUGGUACUAAGCAUUAAGAUAGUCAGAGUUACUCAGUAACACCAAAAGCUGCCGCUUGAUACUUGGGGUUAACACUUUUACCAGAUUUCAUGAAAGAUCAAAAGGGAAGAAUGCUCCUCAGUGAGCCUAGGUUUCGGGGACUUGCAAGUUGAGAAUGGUUUGGCAGUGUAAGUCUGUAAUUACACAUUGACGGCAUCAAUUGCAAAUUGAACAAAGGAGCAAUUAUGUACCCACUGUGUGGUUAAGCAUCACACUGCUUGACAGUUUCCACUUCAUGGUUGUUGCUACACUUCUAUAAGAAUUUACAUUAAUCCCUUGGCUUUCUAUCAAACAAGGUGACUAGAAGUGGCAUUUGUUUUAAAGAGGAACAUGCUUAGAAGUAUGACCAUAAAGUCCUAUCUAGCACAGUCUGCCCAAGUGCACGACCUGUUGUCAUAUGUAAUGAUAUGGCCACAAGUUAGACAAGAAGUUGAGUAUCUGGGUUUAAAGUGAUUUUUUGACUCUGCGCUCUAAAAUAAUAUUGACAGCUUUUGUUUUGUGGUAUUGCAGUGUUGAGAAUUAUGAUACCUUUAAAAACUGGAAGGACUUUCUGAAAGCACAUCUUUAAGUCAAAGUGUUUUAGAAUAAACCUAUUUGGUGUACAUUGUGUUCUUAAAAUAUUCUGUAGAUCACUAUGAUAUUUCAGUUUCUUUAGCUUUAAUUGAAAAUGUUUGCUCUUAAAACUGACAGUGUUGGAAAGCAGGACAAAGUCUGAGCCAGUGGAAAAGCUCAUUACAGAAAAAAAAGUGUGUUAUUGCUGUGGUGUGCAUGGUUUGCAGAGAUUAAGUACAUUUUCUCUGUCUCUACUGAUUACUGUAUAUAGAGAAUGGUAUAAAUAUACAUUUUUGUCAUCAUCAUGUAAAUCCCACGAUUUCAAACUGUUAACAUCUGUUCAGUGGUGUAACUUUACAAACCGUUCACUGAUUUUGUGUAAUUUAAGAAUAGAUGUGAAAUAAAGUUUCAAUUGCAA